AUGCAAUUCGGCUCAUAUCCCAUGCCCAUGACGCCUUCGGAUUUUGGAUCCGACCACGACAGCCCGUACUGCAGUCCGCGGCCCUUGCAACAUGUCGAGCCCAGCUUUGCAGCCGUCCACACCCCGGCGCCUGCCGAGCGAACACACACCACCUCUGGCCGCCGACGAGCUCAAAAUCGCGCUGCCCAGCGUGCGUUCCGCGAGCGCAAGGAAAAGCACGCCCGAGAUCUCGAGGCCCAGCUUGCGGUGCUGAGUGAAAAGUACACCAAACUCGAGGUUUCGCACUCUGAGCUCAACGCUGCCUACGAAAAGCUCCGAAAAACCAUUGAGCUGCUCACCCAGGACGACGACGCCGAGGGAGAAGAUGACGAGGGCACUUCAACACGCCGACGAACCAGCAACUCGGAUACGCUACGCAAGCUGCUGGAAAUACUACACGGAGAGUUCAAGGGCGCCACACCAGUCAAGACGGAGAGCUCAUCAUGA